UAUUAAGCGAUCUGCGACUUGUGGUAACGCUACCCACUAAUGUUAAAGUUUGCUUUGUUUAACGACACCACUGGAGCAUUUUGAUUAAUUAAUCAUCAUCAUCGGCUAUUGGAUGUCAAACAUUUGGAUAAUGGACAGACCUGAUCUGGAGACUAGGAAAUGGAUUCGACUUUCGCCUUAUUUUCCGGAUAUUCACACGCAGAAAGACGCGCGCUAUUUACGACGUCUGGCAUUUCUCCAUGACAACCUCUACUCAAUGGAGUCUCUCAAUUCUGCGCGUGCGCUGGACAGGCUGUACCAGACGUCAGCAGACGGCGGAGGAAACGUGUAUUUUCCACGACUCAAGCGACAUCCGCUAACGCCAAAGAACGAUGAAGAGUUAUCGCCCUCUCGGUCGUCAAAGAAGCCAGCGGCACAAAAGCCGAAACCGUUUUUCUUAACGGGGAACCAUAUGCACGUCUGCGAUGGAAAGAUGUACGGCCCAUACGGUGGGUUGAAUUUACCGCGUGAUUGCAAUUAUCUAAAAAUUAACGAAAGAAUGAGACUGGAAAUUCUGAGGCAAUACGAACGUUCACAACCGAAAGGCUGGAUCGGAAAAUCGACCACCACAAAAGAAGGUAUCGUGUACAUAUCGCCCAUGACUUCGAAAAUGUUCCUACGUCCGCAAGUUGAGAAACAUACUGCUAAGUGAAAAGACAAGAAGCGCGCCUAAGGCUGAAUAGUUGUUUGGGUUGUUUUGCAGAGAUAGCCUCAGAGUUUAAAGAUCAUGUUACAAAUUCCUUCGCCUAUUUUGUUAACGUGUAUUUCUUCAUCCAAACUAUAGAUGAGAGGGGUCAAUGUUUGGAGAAGGUGGCUAUGUGGGGGAAAAAGGUUGUGAAGCAAAGAAAAAAAAAAGUAAAGUAAAAAAAGAAAAAGAAAAAGAAACCCGCCCUCACUGGCACGUGAUAUUAUUUAUAAGUUUAUUAAACGUUGUUUGACUUAA